GCCGCCUUACAGUGUACUACCUCUAUUCUAGUACACUGUAGCCGCCUGCAAGUUUUGGAUCAUGUUUUGGACGCACGGAGCGCACAUUGAGCACGCACGGAGGAUGUUUGGAUGUUAGCAGCCUAGUGUUUCUCGUGAGAAACUCUGUGGUUAACAGUCGACGCGACAAGUGUAUUCCCGGGUAGUGGAUGUAACGAACUAAGGCACGAAUGCAAAGAAAAUGCCAAUAUAUACGGAGGAAGACAGUGCAUUAGCACCGCACAAAGCUUGCGAAGGAGUCAGGGAUGAUCUGAAGCGCUGCUUACUAGCCACAGACUGUGUCCGAAAGGAAAGACUGACGCCGAAAGAAUGCUUGCGCGCCGACCAUCCCUCCAUUCCAGUGGAGUGUCACAAUUUGAAACAACUCUUCUUCGAAUGCAAGCGUUCAAUGCUUGACAACAGACAGAGGUUCAGAGGAAAAAAAGGCUACUGAUCCUCACGAGUUUCAAGUCGUAGCUUAGGUAAACGACUAGCCGUAGUUACGGCGUACGUAUGGUAUGAAUAAACUUUAUUUUGCGUUGUA